AUGGCCUCUUCCGCAGCUGUCCAACCAGGCCCUACUAUCUCCUCGCUCGAGAUCCCGCCGUCUCUCGCUAUAUCAGAGAGUGAGGACAGCUUCAACAUCCGCAGCAAAUAUCGCCCCUUCAUUCUCGAGGACAACGCCGCGGAAGACUGGGUCAACAGGCUGGAGCUCACAACCGCCAUGGAGAUGGCGGCGCAAGAACUGGCAAAGUCCAAAGACCGGCUGAAAGUGCUGGUCCUGUACGGCAGCCUCCGUCGGCGGUCCUACUCUCGCCUCGUGGCGUUGGAGGCCAGCCGGAUCCUCUUCCGUCUCGGGUGCGACGUCCGCGUGUUCGAUCCCGAGGGUCUGCCGGUGAAGAAUGAUACCGAACACAACCAUCCCAAGGUACAGGAGCUGCGGGAACUCAGCAAGUGGAGCGAUGGGCAUGUUUGGGUGUCUCCCGAACAACAUGGCAACCUUACCGCCGUCUUCAAGAACCAGAUCGACUGGAUUCCACUCAGCACGGGCAGCGUGCGCCCCACGCAGGGCCGCACGUUGGCGAUCGCGCAGGUAUGCGGAGGGUCGCAGUCGUUCAACGCCGUCAACUCCCUGCGUAUCCUCGGCCGGUGGAUGCGCAUGUUCACCAUCCCGAACCAGUCCUCGAUCCCAAAAGCCUACACGCAAUUCCCGGACGAGGGGCAACCGGGUGAUCAAAGACUGCUGCCGAGUGGGAACCGGGACCGACUGGUGGACUGCAUGGAGGAGUUUGUGAAAUACACCAUCCUCAUGCGACCGCACCUGGAGCUGUUUGGGGACCGGUACAGUGAGCGGGAGGAGAAGCGGGUGAAGGAGGAGAGGGCCCGCGUUGAACAACAGGCCUAG